ACUGGAACAAGUCAUCGUCGUCUUCAUUCAUCCUCGUCGACUGGCGGAUGAUAUCAGUUUCAAGUCGCUUUUGACUCUUCCUUUUACACGGUGCAAACCGUUUAAAUCUCGUGUUAGUUUCUGCGUGGCAUUCAUAAUAGAUCCCCCUAGACUAGAGACAAGAUAUUGCUUUGCUUUCAAAUCGGAGAACCCUACGGAAUAAUCAAUCGUCUUCUUCGUGGUCGGCUUUGGCUUUGGCUCAUCAUAUCUCCUUUCUGGUCCCGAUCAAAAAUUGAGCUUCUGGGUGCUUGUGAUCAGAUCUUGCUUAUUGUUAUCGAAAAACUCCUCCUUGAUUUGCACAUCUAAUAAUAAUAUGUGCGUUUGGUGAUAUAACAGGGCGGGCGUUUUCUUACUGCUUCUCUCUUGCAAUGCAAACUCUUCUUGGUAGAAGAAGAGUUUCUCACAAGAGUUUUAAUGCGAGCUUCUACAAAGUCUCCCUGUCUCUUGUUUUUCUCCUUUGGCUACUCCUCUUCCUCUCCACCUUGUUGAUCAGCCAUGGAGAUGGUGCUCAAGAUGCGUCUUUGAUUCACUCUGUUGGAUUAGCUGAUCCCAUUGGUGUUGGGACUGAUCAGACUGCUGUGCCUUUUGAUGCACCGCCAUUACUAGAACCUGAUUCUGUUCAUGCUACUUCUGAUUUGAGCCGGAAUGAUGAUGAGGAAAGUGAAGACCAAGAAAUGUCGGUGAAGCAAGCAGAGAUUAGUAGCACAGUUUCAGGGAAAGAUACAGAAAGCAAAGACAAUGAUCUUUCCAAUCAAAGCGAGACAAACAAGACAGAUACCAAAGGGAGUGAUGCAGAAAGCAAAGACACUGACUUUUCGAUGCAAAGUCAGAUGAACAAGACAGGUUUAUGGAAUGAUGCAGAGAGCAAAGACAUUGAGUUAUUGAAGCAAAGUCAAAGGAACAAGACAUGCACAGGGAAUAAUGAUACAGAAGACACCCAAGGCAAUGAGUUUUUGAAGCAAAAUCAGAUCAACAAAACACAUCCAGGGAAUCAUACAGAAAACAAGGACAAUGAGAUUUUGAAGCAGAAUCAGAAGAUCAACAAAACACAUCCAGUGAAUGAUACAGAGACCAACGCUUCAAAGACUGAUCAACUCUCACGUGCUGUUCCACUUGGCCUUGAUGAGUUCAAGAGCAGAGCCUCUUACUCUAGAAACAAAUCGUUAUCAAGUCAGGUCAGCGGUGUGACUCACAGGAUGGAGCCUGGAGGGAAAGAGUACAACUAUGCAUCUGCUUCAAAAGGCGCAAAGGUUCUGUCUUCUAACAAGGAAGCAAAAGGGGCUACAAGCAUCCUAAGCCGGGACAACGACAAGUACCUCAGGAACCCGUGUUCUGCUGAAGGUAAAUACGUUGUCAUAGAGCUUUCAGAAGAAACGUUGGUCAAUACCAUCAAGAUCGCCAACUUUGAGCACUACUCGUCCAAUCUGAAAGAGUUUGAGCUUCAAGGCACCUUGGUUUAUCCGACUGAUACAUGGGUUCACAUGGGUAACUUCACAGCUGCAAACGUGAAGCAAGAGCAGAACUUCACACUCGUGGAGCCAAAGUGGGUCAGAUACUUGAAGCUAAGACUUCUUAGUCAUUAUGGUUCAGAAUUCUACUGCACCUUGAGUUUAGUCGAAGUCUAUGGAGUCGAUGCCGUAGAACGGAUGCUGGAGGAUUUGAUAUCUGUGGAAGACAACAUGAAGGAGAAACCAGUAAAGCAGCAAGCAGAGUCCUCUAAAGGCGAUGAUGGUUCUGAUAGAACCAUUGGGACAGAGAAGGAACUGGAGAGCUCACCCGAGAGUACGGUAGCAAAAGCUGAAGCAUCAAUGUUUAGUAAUAAGCUUACGGAGCCCGCAGAAGAGGUAAGGCGUCAUCAGCCAGGGAGCAGAAUGCCAGGAGACACAGUGCUGAAGAUACUAAUGCAGAAGUUAAGGUCAUUGGACGUGAACUUGUCAGUUCUAGAGAGAUACCUAGAGGAACUGAACACGAGAUACGGGAACAUAUUCAAGGAGAUGGACCACGAAGCCGAUGUGAGAGAAAAGACCAUUGCGACUCUGAGACUUGACGUGGAAGGUGUGAAGGAGAGACAAGAGAGAAUGGUGAGUGAAGCAGAGGAGAUGAAAGAGUGGAGAAAGAGAGUAGAGACAGAGAUGGAGAGAGCUGAGAAAGAGAAUGAAAAGGUGAGCAAGAGGGUUGAAGAAGUUUGGCAAAGAGUCGAGUGGAUGGAGAAGAAAGGUUUGAUAGUGUUCACCGUGUGUACAGGUUUUGGAACUAUCGCGGUUAUUGCAGUUUUGGUCGGUAUAGGGACAGGUCGGGCAGAGAAGACGGGUGGUGGGGGUUGGAUCUUGUUAUUGAUUUGCUCAACAUUCAUUAUUUUCGUUUUGUCUCUUUGAUGUUGAGAGUUUUGGUCUUUUUCUUUUUAUUAUACUGUAGAGCCAAUGUUACUGAUUUAUAUUAAGUGCAUCUUAACCGGAAA